CGCUGUCUUUUUCUUUUGGAAGUGAUUGAAAAGAUUCGAUGUUCAAGACCAAAUAAUCUACUGAGAGAUAUUGGACUUCGCAGGAGUAACUUAAAAAUCAUUUAAAUGAUAAAAAACAUUAUCUUCCGGGUAGAGAAAAUCUCACUGUAUAUCAUAGUUCAAAAUUUUUUUUAUUAUUAUUCUUUCUUUUCAAAUAUUUGCCAUUAAUUGUUUUAUUUGAUUUUUAUGUACUGAAUCGUUUCAUUUGAGAACAGGAUAUGUACUAUCCAUAAAGCCUAAAAAUAUACCUUAAAUGUGCAAAUAGGUAUCACAUGAUUAGUUACAUUAUCAUUCAUCUAUAUCGGGCAUUAUCCUUGUGCCCAUGUUAAACUCCAAAGGUCUUUUGAUUAUUUCUAGACUUAAGUCAAUGUUCGUAAAAUACCAAACAGCUUUUUUUUCCCUUUGAAUUUUGAAGGAAAAUUAAGAAGGAUUAGGUUACUUUUGCAUUUUAAUUCAUAACUGACUUCGCAUCUUAUAUUCCUUUAAAAUGAGUCACAACCAGCGAAAAAUAAAAGUUGCUGUUGUGGGUGCAGGAGCAGCAGGAUUAUGUGCUGGCAGACACCUAGUUGCUGAAUCUGAAAUCUUCUCAUGUGAUAUUUAUGAACAACAAGAUGAUGUUGGUGGCACAUGGAGGUACUCUCCACAAGUUGGCAUGGAUGAUUAUGGAUUACCAAUUCAUUCUAGCAUGUACAAAAAUCUUAGGACAAAUCUUCCUAAGGAAGUAAUGGCUUUCCCUGAUUUCCCAUUUAAAGAAAGUGACAAGUCGUUUCUGCAUCAUACAGAAGUUCUAAGUUACCUACAAGAAUAUGGCAAACACUUCAAUGUUUAUCAACAAAUAAAAUUUCAGACUCUUGUUGAAAAUGUUCAACCUCUGCAAUCUCCAAAUAAGGAGUUAACCUGGAAGCUGGUGGCUCGUAAUCUCAAAACUGAUGAAAACCUUGAAGAAGUCUAUGAUGCAGUAAUGGUGUGCAAUGGGCAUUACUCAGUUCCAUACAUCCCUGAAAUUGAAGGACUUCAUUCAUUCAAUGGUUUACUUAUACAUAGCCAUGAUUAUAGAGAUGCUAAAAAAUUCAAGAAUCUUAAAGUUGUUGUUCUGGGAGCAGGUGCUUCUGGGAUUGAUAUUGCCCUUGAAGUUUCUAAGUUUGCAAAAGAAGUAGUUCUGAGUCAUAACACACCUGCAAAAACUUGCCCAUUACCAGAUAACAUGAUACAAGAGAAAGGGAUUGAAUCUGUGUCAGAAUCAUCAGUGACAUUUCUGGACAAAAAAAUUUACAAUUGUGAUGCUAUUAUUAUCUGUACUGGUUAUUUGUAUACUUAUCCUUUUCUGCAUCCAGAUUGCAAAGUAGAAAUUGGUGACCAGAAAGUAUCCCCACUUUAUUUGCACUUGUUCCAUACUUAUUUCCCAACUUUAGCUAUAUGGGCUAUUCCAAAACUGAUCAUACCAUUCCCAAUUUAUGAUCAACAAGUUAAGGUCUUUUUAAAAUUUCUGAAAGGCAUAAUAGAGCUUCCCAGUGAAAAAAUUAUGCUGGCUGAAACAGAAAAAGAUUUUGAGGAUAGAUUAGAGCAGGGAUUUAAACCACGCCAUGCUCAUAACAUGCCUGGAAAAUGGCAGUGGGAGUAUGAUGAUAAAUUAAGUAGUUUUGGAAAAAUAGAUCCAAUUCCUAAUGUUAUUAGGAAUAUAUAUCAACAUGUUCAUCAUGAAAGGGUUGUAGAUGUUUUAAAUUAUAAAAAGGUAAAAUAUAGUAUAGUUGAUAAUGAAAACUUUUCUUUUAGUUGACAUGUGGUUUCUGUAGGAAAGUAUUUUAUUUAUCUUUAUUUCUUUUGUCCCAUUUAUUUCCUCCCUUUUUCCUUUUUUAUUUAAUAAUUAUAUGAAUUAAGGAUUUUGAGAUUCAAAUAAAGAAGGAUAUAGACAAAUUUAUUUGAAGAUCAUGAAAAUGAAUUAUGAGUCUUACAUAUGAUUUUAUUUAAGAUUGGAUUAAAUAUAUUUUAAAAUUGCUUUUAUUUAUCUCGGUAUAUUGUGUGAGAAAUCUGUACUAUCUAAAUUAAUUAUGUAUACUAGUAAUAUUAGAAUAUAAAAGAAAAAAAGUUUCAAUAAUUGCAUAAAAUUUAAAACUAAAAUAAAGUAACUAACUUAUAGGAUUGCGAGCUUAGACAUAUCUUGCGCAUACUAUGGCAAAAAGGCAAAAACAAAUUGCUGAAAUCAGCCAUCUUUGAACUGCCAUAUGUUUUAAACUUACAAAAUUACUACAAAUCUUGUACUGAAUGAAUUAAAAAAGAAAUUAGAGGUAUUUUAUUUUCAAUAAGCAGAUGAAGUUUCAGGUCCCUUUCAGUAUCACUGGAAUGCUUCAUAGCAAAAUUCUACUGCACAUCUACUUUCAAAAAAGAAAACAAUUUAGUAUUAGUAAUAAAUAAAUAGUUUAACCAUUUGUACAAAAUUGAAAAUGUAAAAAAUUCUUGAAAUUCUAUAUAAAAUUGUUAUUAAAUUUAAUUUUUUUUAAAUUUGUUGAAAAAUAUUUUUUUUUAAUUUGCACUAGUGUAUAAAACAUUAGUUCACUCUACAUACAGUCGUCAACAGAAGUGGAAAAUAUAAUUUGUACAAGUUCAGAACAGGGGUUAAAUUUUACAAGAAAAAAAAAGAAAAAUUGAAAUAAAUUUUCAAUUCAUAGUAAAAUUUUUAAUUAUUUAUGAUGUAUCAAAAAGUAAGCAAACAGCUAGCUAAUUUUUGUACAGCUGAAGUUCUGAUAGUUUUGCGAUUUACUGUUCAUUGGAUUGUAAAAAGAAAAGUAUCUCAAUUUUAUAUAUUGGGAAGAGAUGAAUUAAGACGCAUUUAAAUGAAACUUUGUACAAAAUGUGCUUUUUUUCCCUUUCAAGUAGUGUUUUUCCUUGAAAUAUUUUUGUGUUUAGUAUAUCUAAUGUAUUUAUUUCAGAUAAAAAAUUUCUAUGCAAAACAAUAAAUUUCACGCGAUGAAAUAUUUCUUUUUCUAGCAAUUGAUUUAAAAUUUCCACUGAAAUUCAAAUUCUCUUUUCUAAGCUAACAAGAGAGAACUUUUCCAUUAUCCACUAUCAUUCAGUGUGUGUGUGUGUGCAGGGUCGCCAACUGCUCCCCAAAAAUAGCGAACCUCCACAGCUCCGCAAAGAAGUUAUUUUGCCCUGCAUUUCGCUUUUGAUCUUUACUCUGACCAGGCUUGCCAAAGGUUUUCAUAAAUUUAAAUUUUUUUAUUAUAUUUUGCUAGUUUAUUCGGCAUGUAAAUGUGAAAAUUGAACCUUACACUUAUGCUAGUGCUUGAAAUGAUUAUUAAAGCUCAAAAACAAUUUUAGAUAAGAGGUUGAAUUUUUUAAAAAUUGAUUUUUAUACAAAAUAAAAGGUUACUCUGCAAAAUUUCAAAAUGUUCCUCAAAAUAAAAACAGAUGCUCCUCAAAUUGUUUCUUCAAGGUUGGCAACCCUGUGUGUAUAAUUCAAAUAUGUACUCAAUACAUAUUUAUAUAUUUUUGUGAUUAAUAAAUAUUUUUGGAGUGAUUGUUAUUGAUUUGAUAUUAUAAAAAUGUUUCAAUAAAAGAAUAUAAUCUUUA